AUGCACUGCCAAGCCGAGGUCAGGCUGGCUUCCCCCGGCCAGCUCAAAGCAGCCAGGCGGCGCUACAAGACUUUCAUGAUCGACGAGAUCCUCUCCAAGGAGACGUGCGAUUACUUCGAGAAGCUUUCGCUCUACUCCGUCUGCCCUUCCCUCAUCGUGAGACCCAAACCUCUGCACUCCUGCACCGGCUCCCCUUCUCUGAGGGCCUAUCCACUCAUCUCUGUCAUCACUAGGCAGCCUUCGGCAGUCUCCCACUUCAUUCCCACAGCAAGCACCUCCCGGGUUCUCUCUCCACACCCACCCUCAGGAACCACUUGUUCAGAGACGCAAGCCAGUGAAACUCAUGGGAGCAGUGAAUCGGAGACAGAGCAGCCCACCCCUCGCUUGAAAAAGCCUCGCCGCAGCCGGACCAUCUUCACAGAAUUGCAGCUUAUGGGGCUGGAGAAGAAAUUCCAAAAGCAGAAAUACCUAUCCACACCAGACAGGCUGGACCUUGCCCAGUCACUGGGCCUAACUCAGCUCCAAGUGAAGACUUGGUACCAGAAUCGCAGAAUGAAAUGGAAGAAAAUGGUCCUGAAAGGUGGUCAGGAAGCUCCCACAAAGCCCAAAGGUCGUCCCAAGAAAAAUUCCAUUCCCACCUCAGAAGAGAUAGAAGCAGAAGAGAAGAUGAACAGCCAAGCUCAGAAGCUGGCAUUGGAGGAAGACCAGGCUGCAGAAGAGUGUGGGUUGCCCCAGAAGCCGUUGGAUGCCUCCCCAGAGACAGAGCAAUCUCCUAAAGACACAGCGGACACCUCUGCAGGAGAGACAAUAUCAAGUUAA